CUUGUCAUGUAACCUAUAUAUAUAUUAUCUCUCCCCCUCUCCAAGAUCUCUCCAUAAACAAGACAAACAGAUUUCAUCAAGUCUUCCUGUCAAAGUUUGAUUAAACCAAAGGGACCUCAUUACCUCAACCAAAGAUUCUCUCUCUCUCUCUCUCUCUCUCUCUCUCUCUCUCUCUUCCAUGUCUGAUGAAGCCAGAGACUUCUACUACCACACCCCAUUCCAUGAAGAUCAUAGAUAUGGAACCAGUGCAACUGGUUUCUCUUUCUCUCUCAACAACUCUCCUCUCUCCAUACCCAAUUCAUCAUCACCUGAUUAUGAGCCACGAGCGUUUGACCCUUGUUCGUACAUGAGCUUCACCGAGUCCUUGAAUGGAUCUUCCGACUAUAAUACCCUCGCGAGAGCCUUUGGCUUAUCACCAUCGUCGCCCGAACCGUUGUCCGGGGUUAAGAUAGAGCAGAGUCCGGCGGUGGACGCGGGCAGUGAAACCGCGGUCACGCCGAACUCCUCCGCCUCUUCCUCGUCUAAUGAGGCCGGCGGUGGCGGUGAUGAGGGUUCCAACAAGGGUAAAAAAGACAGGCAGCAGAAGGAGUCCGACGAUGGAGGAGAAAGCUCUAAGCAAGGGAGCAAAUCAAAGAAGAAAGGUGAGAAAGGGGAAAGAGAGCCUCGUUUUGCCUUCAUGACCAAGAGUGAGGUUGAUCAUCUAGAAGAUGGAUACAGGUGGAGAAAGUAUGGGCAAAAGGCAGUCAAGAAUAGCCCUUUUCCAAGAAGCUACUAUAGGUGCACCACCCAAAAAUGUGGGGUGAAAAAACGCGUCGAGAGGUCGUUUCAGGAUCCGUCAGUGGUGAUAACAACGUACGAAGGGCAACACAACCACCCACUACCGGCAACGCUCCGAGGCAACAUAGGGGGGAUGUUAAUGCAGCCGUCUAUGGUGGCGCCGCCACCUGGUUUUCCUCAAGACUUUAUGGUUCAAAUGCCUUCUUCUGCUGUGUACAACUACCAUGGUACUGGUGGGAUGAGCUCUUUCUACCCACAAAGUGGUAGUGGUACUUUGGGUACUUCUCCACUUCAUCAGCAGCAGUUUCAGAUUUCUGACUAUGGGCUUUUGCAAGACAUGGUGCCUUCCAUGUUUCUUAAACAAGAGCAAUGACUGUCGAUGUCGAUCUAGGGUUGGCCCUGACUUUUUGGGCCCUAAAGCGAAAAUUAAGAUGAUCCCUUUUUUUUUUAUUGGACUAUUACAAGGGAUAUCAAAGUAGGAGGGCUCCUAAAAUUUGUAAAUUUUCGGGGGCUAAAGCGGCUGCAUGCACUUACCUCUCAAGGAGCUUUAACUUCCUACGAUCCUUCACCAUCUCUCUGUGGGGAAGGAAAAAAAAACACAUGCGCGCAUCGUAUAUGUGCUUUCAAAUUUUGGUCUACGUGCGUGGAUCCGUCUUGCUAGGCAAAGUACUCUUGUCGUCGUUGUCGACGGUGAGGGUGCAAGAUACCGAACGAAUCAACAUGUCGACGUGUAUAGCCAUAUCUGGAUGCGAAUGUAUGACGUAUUUUCGAUCUUUACGGUUGAUGUAUUCGACUGUUGGGUUAACGUAUGUCCAAUAUCUGGAUGCGAUUUCUGUAAAAUAGGCGAUGAUGCUUAUAAAGUUAUAAUCAAUUGAGAUACUGUUUUUAUUUU